AAAGUGAAUUUUAUACAUUUUGGAAUAAGGCUGUAACAUAACAAAAUGUGGAAAAAGUAAAGCACUGUGAAUACUUUCUGGAUGCUCUGUAGAUAGAUUUAUGAUUGAAAGAGAUUUGUGUCCAGACUGAAUUAACUUUGUAAGAGAGAGCUCAGUAACUCUCUCACAGUCCUGAAGUGGUCACACUGUGGCUCCUUGCAGGAUUGGGUUGUAUUUUUGGAAGCCUGUGCGUGUGUGUGGAUCGGUCUCCUUGUUAGGACUGCUGAAACAUUUCCAUCAGCACUGCCUGUCAGGAGAUAGCUGGGUCCAGAGACACGGGGAACGGGUCUCUGUGGCCUCCCUGCAAAGCCAUGUAAGACCUCAGGUGUCAGCUCCACCUUUAUCGUCACAGACCAAUUCACUCUGGCAAGACAAAACUAAUCUGGAAAAGUGUGACGUUUACUCGGGACCUCCAUGGACUCACUAGGAAAUCCACUAAACGAUUCUGAGAGAAGAAUCUCGCACGGUUUGAGCUCCAAGCAGAUCUGGGAUCAGUUUUGAUGUCACCUGGGGCCGAAGUUUCUUCUUGAGCCAGGUAACAGGUUGAAGUGCAAACAUGAGUGGAGGUCGCUUUGAGUUUGAUGACGGAGGAGCUUACUGUGGAGGCUGGGAGGGGGGCAAAGCUCACGGCCACGGCAUCUGUACCGGACCCAAAGGUCAAGGAGAGUACUCCGGGUCAUGGAACUACGGCUUCGAAGUGGUGGGAAUCUACACCUGGCCUAGUGGGAACACCUACGAGGGAUACUGGUCUCAGGGAAAGCGUCACGGGUUGGGAAUCGAAACCAAAGGCCACUGGAUUUACAGAGGGGAAUGGACUCAUGGCUUCAAAGGCAGAUAUGGAAUCCGAAUCAGUGUUGGUAGUGGAGCCAAGUAUGAAGGAACGUGGAAUAAUGGGCUUCAGGAUGGAUACGGCACAGAAACGUAUGCUGACGGAGGUACUUUCCAAGGCCAGUUUACUGGUGGGAUGCGACAUGGUUAUGGGGUUCGUCAGAGUGUCCCCUAUGGUAUGGCAGCAGUUGUCUGCUCCCCUCUCCGGAAUUCCUUGUCCUCCCUUCGCAGUGAGCACAGCAAUGGCACUGUCCUGCAGCAUGACAUCCCCAUUAUCACUACCACCAAUGCCUCAGGAGAGGAGACGCCCAUUGGUACCCCAACUCAACUGGGGCCAUCCCGCGGAGGCUUUGCCCUUACUCUCCAGGUAGACCCAGAGGCUGUAAAACCUAAGAAGAAGGGCCUGUUUCAGAGAGGUUCUCUGCUUGGUAAACUGAAGAAGUCAGACUCGAACACCUCACUGUCCAGCCAGAAGAGCAAAAUCAGCUUCCUGAGGACAGAGUCAGCUCUCAGCUCCAACGCCAGCGACACCAACUCCACCAUCAGCAUCGGAGAUGAGAGUCUGACCGGGACUGAAGAUUUUCCCCCAGUUGAAGCUGACAUUGAUGCCACCACCACAGAGGUCUACAUGGGCGAAUGGAAGAAUGAUAAACGCUCAGGAUAUGGAAUAAGCGAACGAUCCAGUGGGCUGAAGUAUGAGGGCGAGUGGCUGAACAACCAGAGACAUGGGUAUGGCUGCACCACCUUUGCAGAGGGAGGUAGAGAGGAGGGGAAGUACAUGAACAACAUGCUGGUGAAGGCCGUGAAGAAGCGGGUGAUCCAGCUGAAAGGAGCCAAGAUCAAGCAGAAGGUGGAGCGGGCAGUGGAGGGUGCACAGAGGGCUGCAGCCAUCGCCAAGCAGAAGGCAGAGAUUGCUGCUUCCAGGACAACUCAUUCUAAAGCCAAGUCAGAGGCGGCAGAACAGGCGGCUCAGGCUGCCAAUGACGAGUCCAACGUUGCCAGAUUGGUUGCCAAAGAACUCUCCCCUUCCUUCUACCAGCCAGGCCCCGAGUACCUGAAGAAGAGAGUGCUGCAGGAGGUUGUGGAAGGCAGUGAGAACACAGACACGGUCAUGCAUGAGCCGCUGCUCGCUGAGGAGGAACCUUUGCCCACGCCACCCGAAAGCCCGCUCAUAAAUGAACUGGACAACCUCAUGCCGGGCUCCUCCCCCAGCCACACUCCCUCUCCCAGCCCAGCCAUCAUCCUCAAUAAAGAAGACUCCAAACACCUCAGUCCAGGAAGCUGGAAUGAAGACAAAUCCAGUAAAGGUGACAGCACUAAGAAUAACAGUAAACCCAGCAGCAGAGUUGGUAGUCGCCCCAUUACCCCGUCAUCUUCUGUUUCUGCUCCUACUGUCACUGUUGCUGAAACUGUGGCCCCCUCCGGCAGUCGAGGCCCCUCUCGUUCCCCCAGCCAUCACAGCAGCAGGAACGAGCAGGGUUCCGACAUGGAGAUCAAGCCCCUGCAGAAGUUUGACUCUGAGGCAAAAGCUGCAGACGUCGUUCCUGCUGUUUCUGCCUCAGCGAGGAACAGCCUCAUCUCCCCAGAUGAAGAAGAACCACCUCGGCCCAAACCUGUCACACCUGAGCCUAAACCUGCUGAACGCAAACGUGAGCAAACACUGUCUGCACACAAACAAGUUCCAUCCAUUGCUGAGAACAUGGUAGAAUCCAAAGAGGCAGUCCGGCCUUCGAGCAAAGCUGAGAUAAAGCUACCACCAAAACGAGAACCCAGCCCAGCUCCUCCAAAGCCUGCACUGAAAGCUGAAUCUAAACCAGUUCCCACACUGGUGGCAGUUGAAGCUGUUGUUGCAAAGUCGGUUCCUAAACCAGCCUCAAAGGCAGAGCUCAAGGUAGCAAGCCCAAAUAAAGACCGGAGUCAAGAGUCUUUAGAGCCAGAGGGCCCAAACACCAUCAUGGUCUGCAUGGUCAUCCUGCUCAACAUCGGUCUGGCUAUUCUCUUUGUGCACAUUUUGUCAUGAGACGUUCUCCACCACCUCAGGUCAGAGGCGGCGUUGCAGAGAAAAGGCAUGCCUCCUCAGCAAGGGGCCGAGAUCAAACAGACCACGGAGACAAUCGGAGGCCUCGCAUCUGCAGCUGCAGCUCUUCAAAAGCCACUUUGAAGUAGCUCUGUGUCCGGAGCUUUGGCCACCUGAGGGACUCCAAAUAACUGAUUCCAUAUACGGCUGAACGUGAUGGUGUGUUUGAACGUGAAGGCCCGGAGGUAGAAGUAUGUCUCGGUGCUUAUGGAGGCGAGGUGUCAGGCUUUGCACGCGAGGGAUGUUGGCUUACAGGAGAUGAUUCAGCUUCGUCACACACGUGUCACUGUGUUUUUUUUUUGUUUUUUUUCUGAUGGCUUACGUAGUGCACAAUGAAGGCACAAUCAGGCAGAUUAGACAAACUCAAAGUGAAAUUAUGCAUCAUAAUGGACACAUUUGUUGUUCAGUAAUGACCGGCCUGAGGAAAGCAGACUUCCAGACUGAAUAUUCUCUCCACAGUGCCUUGCACUUGAUUGUUUAAACAGACUACUGUAGCAGAUGUGUGAAGGAUUUAAGUGUGAUAACCACAACUGCAAUUGUUUUAAUUAUCUGCAACUUCCUUUGCGUAUAUAUACACACACUUUUAAAAAAAAGGGCUGAUAUCAGUUAAAUAAGCAUCUGUCUGUUGCAGUGUUUGUUACUCUUCACUCUCCUUAGCAAGCUAAUUGUUCUGCAUUCUGCAAAGCCUGCCUUUGACACUGUGGUGUAAAACACUGUGAAAUCUUAUAUUUUGACUGUGAUUUUCAUGAAUUUUGCUGUAUUGAUUUAGGAGUUGACAAGCAAAAUGAAUAAGG